UUGCAUUUGAAUAGUAAAUAUCCAGCGGCAUCUCAUAGCGAACAGACUGUGGCCAAGGUGAUCACCAUCCCUAGAGAACAACUGCUCUCCAUCUUGUACUGCUCUAUCAUCAAGCUAGAGUACAAGCUGAAGAUACAGGUUCUGGAGAAGUCCACUGCAACAGUGCAUAUGCCAGCCUUGCCUGAUCAUCGUUCCUCAACGAAAGGCUCCACUUCAAGACUGACGUGGAUCUAUUCAAACCUGCUUUCGGUAAAUUUAAAGGAUUCAUUUUGCACAAAAGGUGGAUCUUCUUCGUGCUUUCACUAAUCUACCUUUGUUAGAUGAUGGUUAUUUGAUGAUCAUGACUGUAAAGCAUCUCUCGGUGGAGUACAACAAGGUGAAUGAACGAGGCACCUUCUCUCCUGGGGACAUCCUCUCAGGAAGGGUGAUGGUGGUGACCAGCAAGGUAACCAAAGUGCAGUGUUUUUUGGUCAAAGCCAAAGGAAAAGCAAAGGUGACAUGGUAUGAGCAAGGAGAAGCCACAGGGGUUCACAGCAACAAGAAGAAAUACUUUUAUUUUGAACAUAUUAUUCUUCAGGAUAAAAACAAAGGAGACGGUUCUGAAAUCAUCAACCCUGGGAGAAAUGUGUAUCCAUUCACCUUUGUGAUUCCAAAUAUAGAUAUGCCUUCAUCUUAUAAAGGGAAAUGGGGCAAAGUUACAUAUAGUUUGAGAGCACAGCUGACUCAGUCAUUCUGGCUUGUCCACAAAACCAAGACUGAGUUCCCUUUUCUGACCAAGUCUGAGUUCCCCUUUGCCUCCAAAUCAGAGAUGAUAAUCAUGGGACUUAAGGAGCAACAAUAUGCGACCAGGAUUUCAUUUUAUGGCUCUGAAAAGGUCACUAUGAAUGUUACCUCAGAAAAAAUUGGAGUAAAACAAGGUGAGGCAGUGGGAGUUUCUGUAGAAGUACUCAAUGACUCAGCACGCACAGUAACACCCAAAUUCUGCCUGUGCGAGAAGCAGACCUUUGCUGCUCAGUCAAAGAGGAUAGUACACACAGAUGACAUCGUGUUUGGGACAGGAGACUCUGUUCCAGCUGAGACCAGUCGGAUUAUAACCAAAGUUCUGAGUAUCCCUCCACAGCUCCCUCCUACCUUCUUCAACUGCUGCAUGAUGAAGCUCGAGUACAGACUCAAGGUCACUCUUGAUGUCCCUCUGGCAAGAGACCCAGAGAUCAAACUCCCUCUGGUCAUUCUGUUGGGUUCGCCACAACCACAUCAACAAAAACCAAAGAGAUCCAUCUGGUUUAGAAAGCUUCCUAGUUAAAAGGAUGCAUUAGAUCAAGAGCCAGUGUUCAUUGUAGCUACUUUUGAAUAAGUGGAUGUUUCUUGGGGAAGUUCAAACUACCUCAAGAGUUUUGCUCAUUGUAUGUUCUCUUGUCCACUAGAUGGAGAUGUGUGUCACUAAGGAGUCCAUCAGUAACCGUGUAUUCAUUUGAGUGUAUUGAGUGUAUGUACUUAAAUCCAAAUAUUCAGAUCCCUUACUCCAUUACAAAUAAGUGUACUGCAUUUAAAAUCUUACCUAAGGAAAAGUACAGAAGUAUUAUCAACUGAAUGCACUUAAAGUAUCAAAAGUACUCAUUCUUGAAAAAUAGCCCCUGUGACUGAUAUAUUAUCAUCUAUUACAUUAUUAGAUUGUUAAUACUGAUGCAUCAAGGCAUAUAGCCUUUUACUGCCGUAGCUGGUUGUGGUGGAGCUAGUUUAAACUACUUUAUACACAGUUUAGUCCGGUGGGUAAGGGUCACAAGAUAAAGCUAAGGAGUCAUGAGACGAUUAAUGGGGCAGGAAAAAAGAACAAAGUUCUGCUACACUAAUCUGUUUUCAUUUUUGGGAAUAUUUUCUAAUAUUCUUCUCUAUGAGACACUAAUUAAUUUUAAGAUAUUAACAGUUUACAUUUAAGUCAUUCAUCGUCUCCUCGCAAUCGUGGCUGUUGGGAAUGAACAUUCAUACUUCGCAGCGGAGAGACAAACAAUGAAUCAGUAAGAGCUGAGGAUUAGAUGUUUGGGGAUUCUCACGCUCAUCCUUGUCCAUGGACUCAUUUUGCAACAGAGGAAAGAAUUGAACAAAGGCACAUUCAUGAUUCUAACAGUACAUGUGUUACCCAACCAGCGGUUCUUAAGUGAAACCAGGCCCAUGUUCUUGACAGAGACUCAGAGAUCUCUCCCUGCCCAGGAGGGGAAACAUGUGAGCUGAGCAUUUUAUGGUUGGGAUCCAUCCUGGAAACAUUAGAUCUGGCUAUUGUGACACCACAUACAGCACACCCACAUAUCCAGCCAGAGAGAGAGAGAGAGAGAGAGAGAGAGAGAGAGAGAGAGAAAGAGCAGCGUUUGGUUCUGAUGCACAAAUAGGGCCUCACGAUUUCACGUUCAGCCCACAAAACAGAAGAAAAUUGACAAUGUUGUCAACAUUAAUAAUACAAGAGUACAAGAGUGACCAACACAGGCUUCAGAUUCCAUUGUUCUGGAGUACAUGUCCUCUGUGCUGGUAUUGUGGGAAUUGAAAAAUUAAACUCAUAUUUCAGCUGCUGCAAUUGACUUGUCAUCAUGUGUCACUUGAUCCUGUUAGAAAAUGUAUUAAUAUUUGAGUGGAAACACAUAACAUGUAAUUCAAUUAAUAUGUUGAAAAUGCCUGAAAACAACGUUUAAUGUAUAAAUUAUUGUAAGUAACUGUAAUAACUGUUAUAGUAUAAUGACUAUGUGGGUAGAGGAAGGCUGACAGCCAUUGACAUAACUCAGCAAGUGUUGGAGAAAUGGAAAAUACAGGGUCUAAAUACUGUGUGAUUGAAUAGAAUUUUGCAGUGAGGUUUUAUGUAGCACAGUACAUACUGCAUAUUUAGCUAAUUCUGCCUCCUACACCUGCAUGAAGAUAUCUGCAAAGCAGCAGUGUAGUUCAUGGUCUUCAAUAAAAUAGAAUGGAAACUUUCA